AGCUUCAAUGCACCUUGGCAUAGAUUAUACAAGUGUCGAACUCUGUCGGAGGGCUGCCACACCAUUAUUCCGCGACAUCAUCUGGUGUUUUGUUGAUGGUGAAAAAGGCUGUUUCAUUCACUUCUCCAGAAUCUCCCAUAAGUGUUCAAUUUGGUUGAUAUCUGGUGACAGACGGCCAUGGCAUAUGGUUUAGAUCGUUUUUCAUGCUCAUCAAACCAUUCCGUGACCACUUGUGCAUGGGGACAUUGUCAUCCUAUGGAGGCAUAGCCAUGGUUACCAAAAUAAUGGCCUACCCAGCAUUUUCUACAUGUUAGCAUGAUGGGAUGUUAACUGAACCACACCUGUGUGGAAGCACCAGCUUUCAAUAUACUUUGUAUCCCUCAUUUACUCAAGGGUUUUCAUUAUUUUGGCAGUUACCUGUAUAAUUUAUCAUAUUAGCUACAGUAAUUGUGUUCUUGUAAUAAACAUUGAAUUUAACACGGUUUGUUCUCCAUAGGAUAUCAUCAUCCAACGUAAAAUAUAAAAGCCCCAGAGAAACUCUACCUUCAAUAUUGUGGUGUUCGUCCUACAAGGAGAAUCUGUGAUAUUUUGUUUAUUGUGCCGAUAUUAUGAACCGAAUUUCAAGGUUGGAGCGACAGUGCCCACUGGUGGACUUGUUAUUAUUGCAUUUUCACUACCAAUGGCCUAGAGCAGAGGCUCAACUCGGCGGAAAAUCUGUCUUCCUCCAGUAGGUGGCGUAUGUUCAUUGUUUCGCGCAUCAUGCAAAUAUAAUUUGUAUGGAGAUGUGCGCCUACACAUGUACACCGUACUCGCUACAAAGUUACAGAAAGCUAAACCAACAACUACACAAACUGAAAUCGGAUACGUUGUAAACGCAGGUCCAACGAGAAAAAACCUAGCUAGCGAAGAGCCAUUUUUUUGGGAGCAUCUGAUGACCUAACGUGAUGAACCUCUCAGAGGAGAACAGGACAGUCGUGGUCUCUGGUGUACCAGACACACUGUCCAGCAGUCGCAUGGCAGACAAGCUGGUUAUUCACUUCCAGAGCUCCAGAAGCCACGGAGGAGAUGUAGAAAACAUCAAGUACCCGACCAGCUUCAAGGGGGUGGCUUUUGUUACAUUUGAAAACACCAGAGAUGCUGAGACGGUAAUCAGAAAGAAACAGAUCAUGUGUGACAAGGAGUUCCCUCAAGACUACCCUAUCACUGUAUACAAAUUCACCCAAGACGUGUUGUUCUACGUAAACGCUAAAGUGGACCUGUCAAUCUUCGGUGACGAGGAACAGCAGGAGACCGUGAUCCAGAGCUUGCAGUCUGCUCACAGAUCAGUGAGGAUCUGCCUUCUACCCAGCCAGGAGGGUAAAGCUUCAGUGGAGGGACCCUUCUCUGCCGUCAGGGCCCUGAGAGAGGACCUGCUCCAGCGGGCCACUGCCAGCAGCAGCAGUCACCCAGGGGAGAAGCACAGGGCUCCAUCGAGCUCUGGUUACUCCCUGACCUCAGUGGCAGCAGGGAAUGGGGUAUCCCAGGUCAGCAGCAGUCAUGCCUGGGAAAAGCACAGAGCUCCAUCUCCAUCAAGCCAUGAUCAUUACCUGAGCUCUGUGGUAGUAGAGAGUAGGUCCUCCAGGGUCAGAUCUGGUGAUGGUGCUGAGGUGGACUUCCGGGUCAGCAGUUACCCCUGGGAGAAGAAGAACGGGGCAGCUCCCUCAAGCGCUGAUCAUUCUCUGUCAAGCUCUGUGGCAGGAGGGAGUGGGGCUUCUACAAUAAAUCAAUCCUUGGAAAAGCACCGCAGGGCAGCUCCAUCAAGCUCUGAUCAUUCUCCGAGCUCCAUGGCAUCAGGGAGGAGUGGGGAAUCCAAGGUUGUCAGCAGCAGUCACACAUUAGAGAAGUACAUCGCUCCGUCAAGCCAAGAUCCAUCUCCGUCAAGCCCAGUGGCAGCAGGGACCUCCAAGGUCAGCUCAGGUGGUGAUGUUGACGUGGAAGAGGAGUCCACGUGGGUGGACACAAACAUAUUUCUUUACAUUCAGAGGUUUUCUAAAGACCAGUUUGACCAAUGUUUUAGGAACCACAGUGUGUCAGCUGUGUUCGAUGACAAUGAUAUGGCCGACCUGACUCUGAUAUCGCUGAGAGGAGGACGCAACAGCAAGGGUCUCUCUGAAGUCCAACUGACCAUAUCAGAGCUGACUGAUUUGGUCGCUGUUUGGCAGUCAACCCUGAGAAUCCACACUAUAGACUAUAGAAAGCAGGAUGUGUGUGAGAGAAAGAGGCUGCUGCAAAUCUGUGCCGAGGUAAACGACCUUUAUGAAGACGUUCUGUACGUGCAGAAGGAGUUUAGUGUCCGGGUCAUCGGUCCCUCUAUGUCCAGUCAUCUCUUUAGUGAGUGGGUGAAGCAUAGAAUGGAUCUGCUGGAUUAAGAGGACUUGUUGUAGUGGUAGUCAGAAUGGGAAUCAUUUUACCAUUCUGCAAUAGCAGCUAGUGCACAAACAGCUUUUUGCGCGGUAUAUAUUGAUAGCACUGUGAGAUGUUUUCAAGAGAUUUCUGUGACAACUAAAUAGUAUUGAGUUUGUGUUAUUUGCUGUGCCUCAACAAGGAUGCUGUUUUGUGUCAAGCUAGCCAUAAGGGCAUAACUAGAUAAUAGACUAGAAACUACAUGUUAAGGAGUCAACACUAGAGGGUGCUGUUGUACCGAAUAUACACCAUUUGUUCCAUUAAAUCAAUUAUUUCUGUGUGUCCUGA